GGAUAAAGCACGCUGUCCUUGGAAAAUUCAAUUGCUAAUGAAUGACGUUAAGAAGUUGUUGACUCACUUCGAGGUUGUUGCUUCUUGCCAUGUGUAUCGAGAAGCUAAUCGUGCAGCAGAUUAUGUUGCAACUAUAGGUCAUCAAAUUUCAGGCUAUGUAAACAUUGACCCUAAUGUAGAUGCUAAUUUUUCUUAUUUUAUUUCUUUAGAUAAGUUAGGGUAUAGUCUUGAGAGAAGAGUUACUUAACUUUUGUAUUUUUCUUAUCAAAAAAAAAAUAAAAAAAUAAAUUGUAAAUGAUUAUAUCAAUUACAGCGUGUUUUGAACCGGCCUGGCCGAGCGCCAUUUCUAUCUGCCAUUUGCCUUUAUUUCAUUAGUUUGCAAAAUUCGUUUCAGUUCCUCUGUUUCCCUCCAAAACCAUCAACCACAAAACCUCACCGCAAUCACCAUCUUCUAUGUUCAAUCAUGCUCGUUUCCUCACAGUAAUCCCCCCCUUCUUCAACCUCAAACCACUCUCUUUCUCUCUCUUCUCAACAUCCGCCAUUAAAGCUCUUCAACCAUCACAACCCCAUUUUCUCUCUCCAAACUCCAUUGAUUUCCUCCCUCUUCUCUCUUCUCUGCAAUCCCUUCAACAAACCAAGCAAUCCCACGCCCUCGCUCUCGUCUUCGGCUUUCUCCCUUCAAGCGUCUCUCUCUGUGCUUCUCUCAUCCUAGACUAUGCCAAAUUUGGUAACCCAGUUUCCUGCAAAUUUCUCUUCGAAAAUUCUGUGUUUUACUGUAAAACACCCUUCUUGUGGAAUACCCUUUUGCGAGGGUAUUCCAUUGCUAGGGUUUAUGAUGUUUUUCAUGUUUAUAAUCAAAUGAUUAGGAUUGAUAUUAGGCCCGAUGAUCAUACAUUCCCUUCUGUAAUCAAGGCUUGUGCUGAUCAUUGUGAGAGUCAGAAGGGUAGAGAGAUUCAUGGGUUUUCCAUUAAGGUUGGGUUUGAUAAGCUUGUGUAUGUGGGUAAUACCCUUUUGAUUUUUUAUAGUAGUUGUUGUGAUUUGAGGGAUGCACAGAAUGUGUUUGAUGAAAUGCCUGAGAGAGAUGUUGUUUCAUGGAAUAGUAUGAUUGGCGUGUUUUCUGAUAAUGGGUGGUCUAAGGAAGCUGUUGAGGUGUUUUUGGAGAUGAAGAUAUGGUCUGGGUUUUUGCCGAAUGCGGUUAGUGUUGUGAGUGUUUUGCCGGCGUGUGCUGAGCUCAAGGACGAGGUGGUUCCGAGGGUGAUACAUGGUUAUGUGGUUAAGGUUGGGUUGAUUAGUCAAGUGAGAGUUGGCAAUGCGUUGGUUGAUGGUUAUGGGAAGUUUGGAAAAUCGGAUAGUUCUCGACAAGUUUUUGAUGAAAUUGUUGAGAAGAAUGGUGUGUCUUGGAAUGCCAUAAUUACAAGUUUUGCUCAUGCUAGGUGCUAUAGUGAUGCUUUGUAUAUGUUUAGGCUGAUGAUUAACUCAAAAGAGAAGCCAAGUGGUGUUACGUUGUCGAGUUUGUUGCCAGUUCUUGUAGAAUUGGAGUAUUUUGAUGCAGGAAAAGAAGUUCAUGGACUUACUGUUAGGAUGGGUCUUGAUUCUGAUCUUUUUAUCUCAAAUUCAUUGAUUGACAUGUAUGCUAAGUCAGGGGAUUCCAAUAAGGCUUCAAGUGUAUUUGAAAGGAUGAAAGUGAGAAAUGUUGUCACAUGGAAUGCCAUGGUUGCUAAUUUUGCUCAAAAUAACCACGAGUUAGCUGCAUUAGAACUUGUGAGACGAAUGCAGGCUUUUGGUGAAACUCCGAAUUCUGUAACCUUCACAAACAUUUUACCAGCUUGUGCUCGAAUAGGUGCACUCCCAUCAGGCAAAGAAAUACAUGCCAGAUGCAUUCGGAAGGGAGUUGCCCCCGAUAUUUUUCUUUCAAAUGGGUUGAUAGACAUGUAUGCCAAGUGCGGUUUUGUUGAGCUUGCGCAGAAUGUAUUUGAUAUCUCCACUAGGGAUCAAAUAUCAUAUAACACACUGAUAGUAGGCUAUUCACAAACUACUGAAUGCUUGAAGUCUUUGAGUUUGUUUGAAGAGAUGGGAUCCAUGGGUAUGAAGCGGGAUACAAUUUCCUUUGUAGGUGCUAUUGCAGCUUGUGCAAAUUCUGCAGCACUGAAGUCGGGGAAGGAGAUUCACGCUUUUAUCAUAAGACGGUUAUUUCACACACACCAUUUUAUCACCAAUUCACUUUUGGAUCUUUAUAUGAAGUGUGGAAAGAUUGGGAUCGCUCAGAAUAUCUUCGAGCAGGCUCACAAAAAAGACGCUGCCUCUUGGAACACAAUGAUUUUAGGGUACGGAAUGCUUGGAAAGUUUGAGACAGCAGUCUCUCUUUUUGAAGCUAUGAGGGAAGAUACUGUGAAGCAUGAUUCUAUUUCAUUUAUAGCUGUUCUAUCAGCUUGCAGUCAUGGAGGACUCGUUGAUGAGGGGAAGAAAUACUUUGAAGAGAUGAAGGCUGAAGGCAUUACACCAAAGAAUAUGCACUACACUUGCAUGAUUGACCUUCUGGGCCGAGCAGGACUAAUGGAAGAGGCCGUGGAGGUUAUCAGAGAACUUCCAUUUGAACCAGAUGCCAAUAUUUGGGGAGCUUUACUAGGUGCUAGCCGAAUCCAUGGGGAUAUAGAAUUAGCAAAAUGGGCAACUGAGCAUCUCUUUGUGCUAAAACCUGAUCAUUCUGGGUACUAUGUGCUUCUCUCAAAUAUGCUUGCAGAAGCAGGAAGGUGGGAUGAGGCAACAAGGGUGAGGGAACUCAUGAAAUCAAGGGGGGUCAAGAAAGAUCCUGCAUAUAGCUGGGUUCAUAAUCGUGAUCAAGUUCGUGCUUUUCUAGUAGGGGAAUCGUGAUCAAAAUUUUCAUAUAGUCACAUACUCACAUGAGAAAAUAUUCUAGAAUGUUCAGAAAAAGUUGACACUUUCCGUAAAAUAGUACUUCGUAAUAGUUUAUUUUUGAGUUUUUUUAACAAUGCCCUUAAAUAGAUUAUAGUGAUGGGAAGGGUAUAGGACCAUUACAAAGGAUAUGAUUUUGUCAAAUCAAUCAGGUUGUUAAUGAAAGGUUGGAACUUAGAACGAUGUGACUACUAAUUUUAGACAGAGAAAAAAGUUCUAAUGCAUGUAUACAAGACUUGACAAAAUACGAAAGAUAGACUAGGAUCAGUUUCAUUUGAUCACCUUAUUUGCCAUCUGCGGGUGAAUGUAUCAUGCAGAUACUUCUUUAUUAUACACCAAGUAGAAUUUCGAACAAGAUUAAAUUGAUGA